AUGAAGCUAGUAACGGACGGCGUGUGGACGUUAUCCAAGACACACUUGCGGAUUCUCAAGACCGCAGAGGAUUGUAUGAAAAGUCAUAGUGCAGCAAUUAGCUUUGAGAUGCUGAAGAGUCGGUCGAGAAUACAGGGAUGCUUUAUGGAGUAUGCUGUUGAUCUGUGCAAGCUUAAGUUUUUGACUUAUAUUGACCAAGGAUACAAGCUCUCGUGCUCAGGGCUUGACUGUCUUGCAAUCAACACUCUAAGAUCCAGGGGAUUGGAGAUUAUGGGGGACAAGAUAGGGAUUGGGAAGGAGUCUGAUAUAUAUAUUGGGGUGUAUGAUGGAAGAAGCGUUGCACUGAAGUUCCACAGGCUUGGAAGAACAAGCUUCCGCAGUGUAAGAAAGGCAAGGGGAUAUGUGAAGGAAAGGGUAAACUGGCUUAUGAUGUCGAAAGUGUCGUGUGAUAGAGAAGUUGCGUAUCUGGAGAUGUUCAAAGAUAUGUGUGUUCCCUUGGUGCUAGACCACGAUAGGCAUGUUAUUGUGCAGGAGCUUCUGGAGUAUCAGCCUUUGUACAGAACAAGAGUGGAAAACGCAGAGCAUAUAUGCAGGCUGAUGCUUGAGUUUAUUAGGAACCUUUGGAGCCGAGGAUAUGUUCAUGGAGACUUCAAUGAGUUCAACAUUAUGGUCAAUAAUGACAUUAAGGUGAUAGAUUUUCCGCAAUGUAUUAAGAAUACGGACAGUAGAGCGCUUGUGUAUCUCAAAAGGGACUUUAAGUGUGUUUUGCAAUACUUCAAAAGGAAGUACAACUACGUACCUGAAGAUGCAAGCUAUGAAGAGUUUUUGAGAGAACUGUCGAUCAACACAAAUAUAGAUAGUAGCAGUGGCGAGGUUGACUCUGCAGAUGAGCAACACGGAUCGGUGGAAUUAAUUGGACUAAUAGGCAAGAUGGUUGUUUGA